UAAUUGUUCAUCGUUCGUGUAUCAUGUUUAAAUACGGAAUUUCGGAAUAUCAUAGUUAGAUUUGAUUACGUUUUCUCAGUUCUCACGAUUAUAAAUAAUACUUCUUUAUAAUCUUGCGUUUUCUGUAAUAAUCUAUUCUGUGAUAUUAGCAUAAGGGUAUUUAAGGAAUAAGGAUAAUGAUCGUGCAUUUGUGUUUAUUACUUAUUGCAUGAUAAAGUAAGUAACUAAUUACUUGACCAAGAGUUACCAUUGCACGACACUACGACAAUCGUCAGUAUGAGACGUAAAUCGCAAUAAUAUUAUAUCAUAUCAUACAAUUGUGAAUUAUGAUCUAAGGUAUGAAAUAUUGAGAUGUUUAUCGUCAGCGAAUUCGAAGAGGUCGUGAAGGUGCAGCCGACUCAUUUAGAAGAUGAUCAAAUGUCCCGGAUCAUCAUACACCUCAAUUCGAUGCUCGCCAACAAAGUGGUAAUGGACGUCGGCUUGUGUCUGUCUUUAUUCGAUAUUUUGGAAAUCGGUGAUUCGAUAAUAUACCCGAGCGAGGGAGCGUAUUUUUCAAAAGUGCGAUUUAGAUUCAUCGUCUUCAGACCAUUUGUAGAAGAAAUACUCAUCGGCAAAGUAAAAAGCUCCAGUUCGGAAGGAGCUGUACUGACGACCGGUUUCUUUGAAGACAUAUUUGUGCCUGCAGCAAACAUGCAAAAUCCCAGUCGUUUUGACGCCAAAGACAAAGUGUGGGUGUGGGAAUACGACAACUGUGGCGAUACCGUUGAGUUGCACAUGGACAUUGGUGAGACAGUUAGGUUUCGUGUCGUUUCAGAACAGUUUGUCGAUACGCAUCCAGGAGUGGACAGCGGGCUUUUAGACACCGGUGAGAUAGCAACAUCAAAGUCAAAAUCGCCAUAUUCAAUUGUUGGCACAGUAAGAGAACCUGGUUUAGGAGUAAUUGGGUGGUGGACAGAUUUAUAAAUUGUUAAAUAGGUAAUAAAAAUUAGUUGUAAAUAUACAUUUUAAAUUAAAUUAUGUGUCUAAUAAAAUCAAAUAA